GCUGUUCAUGAUGGCUGCGGAUAGUGCCUUGCUAUUGGGCUUGGUAGAAGAAUUCGUUUUGGGACAACAGGACCGCAAGGCUGUAGACACCGCAACAGAACUCAAGGCUGGACAGUUUACUAUACUGCAGUUGGUUGAAGCCUUGGGUUUGCAUCUAACCAGCUCCCAACCCCAGACCCGAGCCCGUGGUGUCCAGCUCCUCUCCAAUGUCCUACAGGAGUGCCAUGGAGACCUUACAGAGAGAGAAGUGGAAGUCCUUAUAGUGUUUUAUGAGAACAGAUUGAAGGACCACUAUGUCAUCACACCACAUGUCAUACAGGGGCUGAAAGCGCUGACCAAAUGCUCAGUGUUGCCGCCUGGGUCCGCAGUGUCCAUUCUGAAAUCACUAUUCCAGGACAUCCAUGUGCAGUCCCUGAUGCUGGCGGAGCGGUCGUGUGUUUACAACAUCCUCAUCCGGCUUAUGGAAUCCAGAGAGUCAGAGCUGAAGGGCCUGGGUGCAGACUUUGUCUAUGGGUUUGUCCAGUCAGUGGAUGGGGAGAGGGACCCACGCAACCUUCUCCUGGCCUUCCAUAUCGCUAGGAAGAUUGUUCAUGAAGGCUAUGAUCUUGGUAAAUUCACAGAGGAGCUGUUUGAAGUGACAUCCUGCUAUUUCCCUAUAGACUUCAGCCCUCCCCCGAACGACCCCCAUGGCAUCACCCAGGAGGAGCUGGUCCUGGCCCUGAGGGCCGUGCUCACCGGAACACCACGCUUUGCAGAGUUCCUGCUGCCACUGAUCAUUGAGAAGCUGGACUCCGAUGUUCAGAGUGCCAAGGUGGACUCCCUGCAGACCCUGACUGCCUGUGCUUCUGUGUAUGAACAUAAAGAGCUAGCCCAAUUCCUACCAGGCCUUUGGGCCUCGCUGCGCAGAGAGGUGUUUCAGACAGCUAGUGAGCGGGUGGAGUCCGCUGGCCUAGCCGCCGUCGGUUCCCUGACAGCCUGUCUCUCCCGCUCCGUCCUCAACUCCGACUCUGAAGACUCCCUCAAUGUCUUCCUGGAGCUGGUCCUCAAAGACUGUCAGCACCAUCUGUGUGAGCCGGACCUGAAGCUGGUGUGGCCCAGUGCGAAGCUGCUGCAGGCCACCUCUACCGCCUCCUACAGGGCGAGCCACAGAGUUGCCGCCGCCGUCCUGCCGUCCCUCAUAGAGCAAUACAACAGCCGCACACAGUGUGCUCAGCGGCGCACCCUACUGGAGGUGUUACAGGGCUUCGUCCAUCCGGUGACGUCAUCAGAAGAGGAUGAGAGUGUGCUGUUGGACUUCAGGCAGUCUCUGUGCAGUAUAGUGUUCUCUGCUCUGUCUGAGAGCAACGCUGACCUCCAGAUCACAUCUAUGCGUGUGCUCACUGCGCUGGGCCAACAGACAGGCCUGCUGUUAGAGUCAGAUGUGGAGCUGGCCGUUGACCACCUCACCAGGCUCAUCCUGGAGGAGGAAGAUCCUAAAGUCAGCCUGGCUGUGGUUGAGUGUGCAGGGGCUCUGGCUCGCCUGCACCCUGCAGCCUUCAUCUCUAAGAUGGUUCCACGGCUGAAGGAGGAGAUCUUCUCAGAGCCCAUGGCACAAGGUGACAGCGCCACGCCGUCCCAGGAACAUUCCCAGCAGGCAGUGCGUCAGCGCUGUGUGGCGGCACUGGCUGCGGUGUCGUCCCGGCCCAGUUUGGUUCAGGAGAGCACACCUGUCCUGCUUCAGGUCCUCACCUCUGCACACACUGGCACUGGCGCGUUCUCAUUGGAAGAGGUGAUCUCUGUCUGCCACAGUCUGCAGAAGAUAGCAGAGCAGGCCCAGGACACUGAAGAGACCGGUCGCGUCUUCCAUGACGUCAUUCCUCGCCUGCUCGGACUGGCAUUGCAGGCAGCUUUGCAGGGUUCCUCAGACCAUCGUAGCCCGAUACUCGAGGAGACUGUGCUAUCAGCCAUGGUACCCAUCAUCAGCACCACCUGUGCCCGACUACAGUCCCGACUGGCUGGCCAAACAGCCUCGCGGGCCGUGUCCCUCUUCCUUGACGGUGAUGUUUCCUUCCUGCCAGAGAACGCCUUCCCCUCCCAGAUCCAGCUCCUCAAGGCAGGUGACUCGCGGAGCCAGUCCCAGAUGGUGUGCCUGCUCAUGGGUUGUGUGUGCUGGCUGCCACGGACUGUGGAGGUGCCCCAGAUGGACAGGCUACUGUUAGAGCUGGAGGAGCUGAGCUGUACCUGUGACCAUCCCCUCGCCUACACGUCAGCCGCCAAGUGCUACGCUGGCCUGGUCAACAAGAGUCCCGCAGGUGAAGCCCUGGACUCUCUGAUAGACAGGACGUUGAAGAGGAUCUCCACUGAGCUGGACUCUGCAUCCUCCCCAGUCAGAACGCAGGCGUUCACUCUGCUGCUCUGGGUGUCCAAGGCUCUCCUCCUUCGCUACCACCCUCUGUCCACAGCCCUGACUGACAAGCUCUUCUCCCUGCUCAGUGACCCAGAGCUGGGUUCGUUAGCGGCCGAUGGAUUCUCUCUCCUGAUGAGCGACUCGCCGGACGUCCUGAACCGCGGUAGCCACGCCGACGUGCGCAUCAUGUACCGCCAGCGCUUCUUCGCGGAGAACUCUGCCAAACUGGUCGAGGGCUUCAACGCUGUCGUCCAAGAGAAGAAGUCUGGCUACCUGAAGGCACUGUCUCACAUAGUGAACAACCUACCCAGACAGGUCCAGCUUACUGAGCUACCAGCGCUCCUGCCCCUCCUGCUGGAGGCCCUGUCGUGUCCGGACCAGGGGGUGCAGGUGUCUACCCUGUCCUGCUUGCAACCUGUCCUCCUGGACCCCCCUUCAGCCCUCAUCACCCAGCUGGAGGUGCUGGUGGGACGCACUCUAGCGCUCACCACCAGCCCGACCAUGAAAGUGCGGAUAGCCUCACUGCGCUGUAUCCAUGCCCUCUCCCGCUUUCCAGAGCAUGAGAUCAUGCCCUUCCGUGCGAGGGUGCUGCGCGCCCUGGCUGCCCCCCUGGACGACCACAAGAGGGUGGUGAGGAGCGAGGCGGCGGUGGCCCGGAAUGAAUGGUUUCUUCUGGGGAGUCCAGGAGGCAGGUGAAUUUGGCCCCCCAUCCCUGACUGGGGUGUGGGAGGGGACAGAUGGGAGGGCCUGGAUCCAGGCUUGGGGCUCUAGCGCUGCCCUUGGAGUCUGGGACAUCUCACCACCACCCACAGCACUUCAUCUUGUACAUGAGAUUCAACACGGGCGGCAGGUAGCCUAGCGGUUAAGAGCGUUGGGCCAGUAACCGACAGGUCGCUGGUUCGAAUCGACUAGGUGGGGGGGGGAAAUCUGCCGAUGUGCCCUUGGGCAAGGCACUUAACCCUAAUUGCUCCUGUAAGUUGCUCUGGAUAAGAGCGUCUGCUAAAUGACACAAAUACACUUUUUCUUUUGUACUGCUUCUACUAUCAAACGUGAGAGGAGUUAGACUGGCCACUGCAUGGUGGCAUGGACCUACAGGUGACAGCCUACUGCCACUUCAUGGAAGGACAGAGCUGCACUGAAACAGAGAGAAGAAAACAAUUUCUAUUGGGGAGAUGGGUGUUAAUGAAUGUGUGAAAGAGGACCUAUUGCCUAUGUAUUAUUCAUAUCUAACCAUAUUAAGGACAAUGUGUUUAACAAGGCUCAAAGAUUCCAUUUUGAAGCGUGAACAUUGUAUUCAGCACUGGAAGAAUGAUUGAUGCAGCUGGCAUGUGGUUGGCUAGACAUUUCACGAGGCCAACUUUGAACCUCAAUUAUGCAGAAGAUGUGGACAAUAUUUAAAAUGUCUAACUUAAGCUGUCAAUAAAACUUUUUUGUAAAUGUAUGAGUGCUUUAAAUAACAAAAAUAUCAAAAGAAUCUUCAGUCUCCAAAAACAAUAUUUUAUAUUAACCAAUACAAGCUAAUAUCAAAUGCAAUGACACAGACAUGCGGCGUACAAUAAUGGAGCACAGCUCCUAUUGGUCAUGUCACAGCAGUGAGGACAUUUUUUCACUAUGGCAACCAGGUAGCCCCUCCCAACUGUUACAGGCUGGCUAUUAUAGAAAUAUCCCCUGACCAUUAUAAAUCUAAAUGGUGGCCAAACAAGACCAGUUGGGAGGAAGUCUGAUGCGCUUUUAACCAUGUUAAGACAGGUUAAGUGAUCUUAAAGAUGGCUACUGGGGAAAUCCAGUACCAUAUGUGAUGUGGGCGAGAUAAUUAAUGGACAAUGUUAGAAAUGUCAUAUUCCAGUAAAACUGUACUUUGCAUUAGUGCCUGAUAACCAACAAAUAUAAACACCUGUUAAAGAUUUAACUUCACAAGGCACAUUACGAAUCUUUUGACAAUUCCUAAUCCGCCAAUGUAGAUGUUUAGUCACACACACACCGGAUAGGUGCAGUGAAGUGUGUCGUUUUUACAGUGUCAACCAUAGUAUUACGUCACCCCUGGAUAUUGGCUGGGGCACUGCUCAGUAAUAUGAGCACCAUGAUCUAACUAGAGCCUGAACGAUAAUAUGAAUUGUUUAUGUAAGUCUGUCAAAAAGUCUCCAGACUACUCACCCCUAGAUGGACAAUGGCCAAGGUGUGUGGUUAUCUAGCUCUAACCUAGUCAUUGGUGAAAAGCUCUUUGUUGGCACUGAAAAAGUCCAAACUGCUUUUUCUGUGACUUCAGUACAAUUAAAAAGCACACAUUUUUGUCAACAUACCUACCAGUACAAAAAAAACCAAUCAGUUCACAAGACAGGACGACAGUUGAAAAAGACACUUCACAUGACAGUGACUGGAGUGCAGAUUGAGGUCCCCUAACACCCAGAGGUGCCUUGACAUACGGGUCACUAUCAAGCCCAAGCGGUCUACUCUUCAGAGGCUAAGACAAGUCCUCUGUUCACCCCACCAUCCAGGGGCCAGUAGUGAUUCUGGGCCAUGGUGUAGAGAUGAGAAACUGGCCAGCAGUAGUGAGGUUAGAUGGUCAUUGGGUCUCUCCUGGUGAAAGCCUGAGGGAAUUCCCAUACCAGUCCAUCUUCAUGGGGAGCGUGACUAGACGGCAGGAGGACUCUGGUCAACCAGUGACUGUGAGAAGAAGAAGUCAAACCAACUCUAAGAAGAAUCAUUUAGGUUUCACAACAGUCUAGAAGUUUGUGGUGAUCUGGAGGGCUUACCUUGUCUCCUCCACACCAAACAACACUUUCCAAUUGUUUAUUUUCCCAUAAUGGUAUGGAUUUCGGAACACCUUACAAGAGAGAAACAGGCUUUACUCGCUAAUUCCAAACUUGUACACCGUGUUGAUAUUUGAGUAAAUCCAAUAAACCUUACCUUUCCCUUC